CUUGCGUCUUCAAAAGCUGGCGCGCGCGUUGGUAAUGCCGGCUGAACGUUGAUACGUUCGGAAAUUUAAAAAGUUUUACGAGAGCACAAGUUACAGCAAAGAUUAAAUAAAUAAAGAUUUUGUCAUGAUACGAGAUAGUUUCGUUAGAAUCUAAGAUUUGAGACAGAUGGCCAGUAAUCUAGUCUAAUAAUUACAAUUAGGUAUAUUUUACUGACCGUUAUUAAUAAACAUAAAAACAAGCGUUUAUGAGUGAUUAUCGGGUUAUAAAAUAUCUAAAGUGAAUAUAAAGAAGACGUUUAAGUGAUUCGUGUUUUGAAACUGAUCAAAAAUGUCAAACGUUCCCUUAGUUCGUAAAGCGAUCGCUGGCGCCGCCCGACACUCGUCGAUCCCUACCAAUGAAAACAACCCUUUAGUGUUGCAGCCUGCGCAGGAGAGCCAAUGGACCCCCGCGGCUUUGGAAAGGGCUGGAUCUACCCUAAAGGCUCUCAAUCGAAUGGCCAAGCGUCCGCCCGUGCAUAUACUGUUUGAAGAUAUUAACUAUACCGUGAGCUCACAAAAAGGGGAUAACACAAUUCUGCACAAUGUAUCAGGAGAGUUUCGAUCGGGUGAGCUGACUUGCAUUCUCGGACCUUCGGGCGCUGGCAAGUCCUCCUUGAUGAACAUACUGGCAGGCUAUGCUUCGAACAACGUAAGCGGACGAGUAACAGUAAACGGGCACGCGCGCGACAUGCACGUGUUCAAGAAACUGUGCUGUUACAUUAUGCAGGACGACAUGCUGCAGCCGCGGCUGACGGUCAUCGAAGCUAUGCGGAUCGCAGCUGAUCUCAAGUUGGGCAAAGAACUUGGUAGAGCUGAAAAGCAUCUUAUCGUAACAGAAAUUUUGCAGACCCUUGGUCUCUGGGACCACCGGGACACGAGAUCCGAGUGCCUGUCCGGGGGACAGUCUAAGCGGCUCUCCGUUGCAUUAGAACUUGUCAGCAACCCACCUAUCAUAUUUUUGGAUGAACCUACCACAGGCCUAGAUGUGGUAUCGAUCCGGCAACUGGUGGUACUGCUGCGUCUGCUCUCACGGCAGGGCAGGACGAUCAUCUGCACCAUACACCAGCCCUCGGCCUCCCUCUUCGCGCUCUUCGAUCGAGUAUACGUCCUGGCUAGAGGCAUGUGCUGUUACCAGGGCGCUGCGCCCCUCCUCGUCCCGUUCCUGGCCGAGGUGGGCUACAUCUGCCCGACCACGCACAACCCGGCGGACUUCGUGAUCGAGACACUCGUCAUCGACGUGGAGGCGCCCGCGCACCUCUCCGAGCUCUGCCAGAACGGGAAGCUCUGUCGCAAACUGGACCGGAUCACUGCGAGAGGAGGCCGGCGACCUGUUUUGCACUCCGAUGAAUCAAUCCAACGGAUAUUCGUGGAGCACGUAGCCAAGGAGCUGGAGCAGAAGAUGGAGUUCCCCACCACCUUCCUGAUGCAGUUCUUCAUCCUCACCAAGAGGAUGUUUGUGCAGAACAAACGGAACGCAACAGGCCUCUGGAUUCAGCUGCUUCACCACGUGGUGUCAGCCAUGCUGGUGGGCUGCAUAUUCUUCCUCGUGGGCAACGACGGCGACUCACCCAUCGUCAACUUCAAGUUCUGCCUCAGCUGCCUUGUGUUCUUCAUGUACACUUACAUUAUGAUACCUGUACUUAUAUUCCCCACUGAAGUGCGCAUGCUCCGGAGAGAGUACUUCAACCGCUGGUACAGCCUUAAAGCGUACUACGCGGCGCUUACAUUCGCCUCCCUGCCUGCCAUGAUGUUAUUUGGCCUUCUAUUCCUCGGCAUCUCAUACCUAAUGUCAGGGCAGCUGCUUGAAUGGAAGAGAUUCUGUCUUUUCUCUCUCAUCGGCAUUCUGACUGGAGUCUGCUCCGAAGGACUCGGACUACUCAUUGGCGCUGCCUUUAGUGCUACGAAUGGUUCUAUAGUAGGUCCAGCCACUGCAGCUCCGCUCCUAGCGCUCUGCUGCUACGGAAUGGGCUUCGGCCCCAACAUAGAACUCAUCAUGAAGGUCCUUAUGGCUGUCUCCUAUCUUCGCUACACUGUCACAGGAUUCACCUUAGCCUUAUACCAGGAAAGAGACCCUAUGGACUGCGACGAUGUAUUCUGUCUUUACGCUGACCCUAAGUUGUUAUUAAGAGACUUGGGCAUGAUUGAUGAUAAUUAUUAUUUCCAAAUACUGGCGCUAUUUGCAUUUACUGUAUUGCAUAGGGUGCUAGCGUACUACGCUCUUAGGUACAGAUUGACCGUCGAGUUUUCUAAUAAGUACGUAGCCUAUGUAAGUAAACUACUUAAACACAAGUAAUCAGAAUAGCUCAAUUUUAAUAAAUAAAUUAUUUAAUUUUAAGCACCUACCAUAAUACUUUGGUGUUGGGAUUCAAAAAAUAUCCAAUGGCAGGUAAUUUACUUCGGUGCUGUUUUAAUAACUUACGUGACAAUACCAAAUAAUAUCAAUGUAUUACCAAUAUACCCUUUUAUCGAGUCAAAGACACCAUAAAUAAUAGUUAAGUUCGAUGCAAAAUGAUUUUAGCUAUCCCGACUAUUUAAUAUUAUCUACAUACCUAACAAGAAAGUUCUAAAAAACCUAAGUCGUACGUAUCCUGUAGGUAACGUGACACGAAUGCAGAUUUCGAAAUUGACUCGAUAUAAUAAAAGUUAGGUACCUACCAGGUACAUUUACUAUAUAGGUUACUUACCUAAUUUUUAGGUUUGUAAUUUUCGGAAAUUCGGAUCCAAUUAUUGUAAACCAUUUGUGAUGUAGUUAAGACUGACGCACCUGAAGUGCCGUGUAAAAUUGUGUGAUAUUCAUGUACCUACUUAAGUAAGGAGAUAGAAAAACACCAAAAAAGCGGUAAGUUGUUAAGUUUAAAAACUAUUUUUAGCCGGGUCUAAAACUACUAAGCCAGGAGUGGCGUCUCGAAACUACGGCCCAUGGGUCAGAUAACUAAUAGGUACUUACCUAAGUACUUUAGAUCCGCCUAAAAUAGGCAGGAAAGCCAAAAUCUAAAGCCUGGCCUUGGCUCUCGGGCCCAAAAAUUUGGAUACCGCUGCUCUAAGAUAUUCCUUCAUACCUAGGUAAAUCAAAUAGAGAUGCCCCGAAUAUUCGGCCCCUAUCCGAAGCGCCGUAUAUUCUGCAUGAAAUGUGAACAUUUUGAACCAAUGAACGGGUUUUGAACAGUCUUCGUAACAUUUAACAACUUAGCAAUCAACCAACCAUACAUACCACCAACAUCAACAAUACCUUUACCUAGUUUUUGGUUAUUAUAAAAUAUAAAUAAUGAAUAAAGUAAUUUUACUUUUUAGGUAGGUGCAACAGAUAUUCGGUAGUCAACAAUAUUCGGCAAAGUGGCUGAAUAAGCCGAAUAAGUAGUUGCCAAAUAUUCGUGGCAUCUCUAAAAUCAAUGGUGAAAAGUUUUGGCAUUUAGUGAACCUAUUUUAUAUUUUUAGAUAAGCAACAAACAAUACAUAAAAGCUAUUGUCGAUAGUGUAAUGUUGUUAUAUUAUAUAGAAAAAUAUUCCCAACUGAUGUGUGUUUAUAAUAAACUACGUAGCUACCUCAA